UACUUUUAAUCUAUAAACAUUUCCUAUAUUAUAUCCAAUUAUUCAUGAAAGAUCUUUUCCACCUUUAAUUUUAAUUCCAUUUAUUUCUGUAAUAAUCUCACCCAAUUUAAGUCCAGCUUUUCCCCCAGGUCCUUCCUAGUUAACUUUAAGUAUAAAAGCCCCUUAUACAUCAGAAUCUUAAGUCCAUUUAACAGAAAUACCUACAUAAGGUUUUCUGACACUUUUUUUUUCUAAAUAUUAUUUCACAAUUCCAUAUAAAUGAUUGCAAGGAAUUGCUAAUAAAUGAGAUUUAACAAAAUUAUUAGGAACAGGAUAAUUCAUUCCUAAUAUAUUCCCUUCUUCGUCAACUAUAGAACCGCCAUACAUAGAUGUAUAUUUAUUUUAAAUAUUUGCCAUUAUAAUUAGUGAUUAUGCUGAAAAAUCAAAAGCUUAUUCUGAACUUAGAUUGUUUUCGUUAAUAAUACCUUGUUCGAAAAUAUUAAAGUCUAAAUUUGAUUUUCCUAUUUAAUAUAUUCUUGUUCCUAAAACUGGUAUUUAAUCUGAGAUUUUUCCUUUUCUAAAAGGUAAUUAUUAACUAGUAUUUUAUCUUUGAAUUUAACAUAUAGAUAUAUUUUCAUUUUCUACAUGGUAUUCCACUAUAAAAUUAAAUGAUACAUCAAAAUCCGAUCUCAUUGAUUUGACAUAAUAUUGGUUUGAAUUAUUAGUUUCGCCAGAAUCAAAUAUAUUUGAAAUUGUUACAAAUCGCCCCUCAUCGUCUAUUGAUAUACCCGUAGCUAUUGGUU